CGUUCGGUGUCUCGAAUUUUUUUUUUUCGCUUUUCUCCUGCGCGAGAACGGAGCCGUUUUAGAAUUUUGAGAAAUAUUUGAAAAUUUGGAAUCUCGCUGACGUAACGGAUCCCUAACAACGAACAAGCCAGGGCGGCUCAUACAGAGCUUUUGAAAAGGUGUUUUUUUUUUAAAUAAAAUAUAUAUAUUUUUAUUAAAUAUUGUGGAGGAAACAGAAGAAGGCGGACGGGUUGUACGGGGAAAGGUACAACCGGGUUAUACACGCCACACAGGGAAUUAAAAACCAGACGCAGAACCGUUUCCGUAGCCGACGGAGCAAGAUGUGCUUAUCCGAUAUCGUCUGACGAGGACACUUUUCUGCUUAUUUUACUAUUAUUAUUUUAUAUACAUUUUUCAACCCAAGCUUUCCAAAAUGUUGGGGAAAGCCGCCGUCUGCUGCUCCAGUCCAAGCUGCUCGCCUCUGCUGCUUCAAAUAUAACUAAAAAAAGCCCGGACGAGACUCAGGUGCGGCGAAGGAGGCCGGGACCGGGGCUGUGCAGUUUGGUUACGCCGGGAUUCGAAGCGAGCGAGUCGUGGGAGCGUGCUCAGGAAAAGUCGGGGAUCCGCUGCGGGGCCCUCGAAGCUGCCAAAAAAAUACACUGACCGAAAAAAACCAACAAACGGUGGAAACGAAGCGGAUUUUCUUCAAAACUUAAAGAGACGAGAAAGCCGCUGGAGUUUUCUGUGCUGCCUAAGCCAAUGAAACGCAAGGGGACGUAAUUAUUUGGGGGAAAUAAUUGCAUUUGACGAGAUUUCUGAUCCAGAUAAGCGUUUGUUUUGAAAUUAUUAUUAUUAUUAUUAUUAUUAUUAUUACAGCAUAAUCAAAUCGAAAGUUAUUCACGAAAUUAAGUUUUAAAAACAUUCCAAAGAUGUUAUACUUUGUCUGCGGCUUGGAGUAAGAGGGACUGUCUUUUAAUUUAUAUAUACCUGCCUGUUUUACAAUUUAAGGGCAAAGUGAUCUAUCUUUUAGUGCUAGUUAUCUCUCUGCGUGUAUGUGUGUGUGUGGCAUUUAUAGUUGAUAAAAACGUUUACAAGAUAAACACGAUCCUUAAAAAAAUAAAAUAUAAACAGGCUAGCGAAACACACGUAAAAACAGACAAGAAUUGAGAUUCACGAAGUUCAGACGUGUCAGAAAUUCAUGCUUUUAAAAAAACGAAUCAAUAUUCCCAAAAACACACACAGCGCAACAUAAUUGAUUAAGUUGAGAGAGAAGUUUGUGUAUACUUGGAUAAAUAAAUUAAUUAAUCAAGCAACUGUUCCCACCAGAACUGAAGUUUACCGUGAUAUAUAUUAAAACAAAUCCCACCCAGGUUAAUAUUUAUCAAUGCUUCUGGUUGGAUAAUUGCACGCAGUUUUUAAAUUGGUGUCGUCCAGAAGAAACGAGUCGAUUUGAAUUUGUAGAUGUGUUUUUUUUUUUUAAAUGCUCAUCGCGAUUUUUCGAUUGCAUCGGGAGUUAUUGCAACACGGCGUGUGGAAAUCGCAAGGCUUUGGGGAUAGAAAAAAUCAUUUUUAAAAGAAAAAUCCAGCUAGCCAUGCAUUAAUAACAGGUUACACUAGAACCGUGCGUCAUUUUCCGAGUUUGCUUCGAGUGAAAAAAACUAGCGAUCUCUCUCCCAUUAACAAUACAAGAGCUAGCAAGUUUUGCAAAAUAGUUUUGAGGUACCGUGGAGACCGGACGCGGUGACUCAGUGUAGUCUUUACCCUGCAGGCUGAUGUGAAACAAGGCGAACAAUAUACCAUGUCGUCUUAAUAAUAAUAAUAAUAACAACCAGAGUUAUCAUUGUACUAAUAGGUAUGCCUAAGGUUAGAGAUCUGUGCGAGUUUACACUACAGCUGAUUUUGGGAGUCGGAUCAAAGUGGAUUGCUGUGUGAAACUUCAGCGGCAUUUUUGAAGGAACAGCCGAUUAAAAACUUUGCUGGGAAUUUGAACCCCCGGCUGAAAUAAUUAAGUAAUAAUACUAGGAUUUGUUUUUCUCUCCAAGUUAAACCAAAGUUCUUUUUAAUUUUAAUUAUUAUUUUUUUUUGUGAGGAGUACAGAUUUUUAUUUCGGUUGAGUUCGAGGUUUGUGACUUCACUCUGCUUCGGACUACAAAAGAAAUUGGAUUUUUAUUUUUUAUUUUUACGGUGGGCGGGAGGGGUCACUUCUGGAAUUUACAAAUCGAUUUUUUUUUUUUUAAAUCGAACGAUGGAACGAUGACGUACCUCACGCGUCAUUCAAACCCGUGACGCAAUUGCGACACACUUGUUUUUGUCCCGACAUCCGCUGCAGCUUCCUCACCAAAAUAAAAACAUUUCAACUUCAAAGCAGGAUAAAAUUAGACAGAUCGGCUUUGUAGCGGACAACAGCAGGCAAACGAAGAGGAGAAAGAGUUUUGAGGAUUUUUUAUUAUUAUUUUGGACUGUGGACAGAAUAAUACGUUGGACUGUGCCAGUGGAGGAAAAAAUAUCAAUCACUUUCUCUCUCUCUCUCUCUCUCUCACCAUUUUCUCCCUCUUAUCAUAACCCCCAAACUCACCCGCUCCUCUAAUAUAAAACUCCGUCACACACAGACUUUGCUGUCUCUCUUAAAGGCAUUUUAUAAAUAUUCAUUUUUUAUUUUUUCAUCUGGUCAAGUCGUCACUUGUCUGGUUUUGAGCACCUUUUAAAAACUCUAAAUAGCAACACAUCUAGAGAGAUAACCGCACAUCAUUACACAGAGACGCACUGACACACACACACAGCUAGAUUUAAAUAUAUUUAAAUAUAUACAUAGUGCACCUUUUUCACCGAAACCCUGUCAAACGUCAGUCUUCUAUUCUUAAUAUAUAUAUUUUUUAAAUUGAUUUGAACAUCAUUUUAUAAUUUCAUAGAUUAAACAAAUUAAACCCUACGGGAUCCUAAAAUCGCUUAUUGCGUAGUUUUAAUAUUCUUGCCUUCACUUAAAGCCAUAUCACUUAGAUUCUUAUUUUAAAACCUUUUCAUUUCUGUUUUUAUAGAUCUAUCUAUCUAUCUAUCUAUAUAUCUAUCUAGAUAUUUUCCACACAUAGCUCGUCUGUUCUACACAAAUCCCUACGUUUUGAGCAUUAAUUUUUUGUCUUUGUCAAUUAGAUUCAGAUUCUUUUGCACUGGGACACAUCAGUCGCUGCCAAAACCAGAACCCGCAAAAAAAGGCUUCAUUUUACAAAUCUAUUAACGGUUUAUUUCAGUGUACAGAACUAUAUAUUCCAAAAAUAUAUUAAAAUAUAUAUAGAGAGAGAGAGUUAUGUUUGUGUGUGUGUAAAAUCUUCCCAUUUUAAAACAGGGCUCUGGGAUUGGACAGAAAUCUCUGACUCUCUACUAAGUUUUGAUAGAUAAAAAAAAAAAUACAACAAACGGUUUUAAAUAAGUUUCAGAUAGUCUGUGGUGCUUUUUUUUCAUACCCUUCAGAUCGGAUGUUUGGCUCUAGUAAUAUAGUUUAAUUACAGCGCUUUUUAAACGCUGGUAGAUCUAGCAGAUAUUUCCCUCGCUUCACUCUUCACCAGCGCUGUCCUUCAUCUAGAAAUCUUACCUAAACAACACACCCCUCCCUCCCUCUGUUUCCCCCAUCCCUCCAUCCUCUCCACCUCUCCCCACCCCUCCAUCCUCUAUCCAGCUCAAAUUCUCCCUCCUUGUUAUAUUUUGACCACAGCUUGAGUCCCUAAUAUUUGCCCCUCCUUUUAAAUUCCAGACCCUCCGUACAGUAAACGACCCCUCGAUCUCUUCACUAAAAAAAAAACAUUCAUCUACCUCCAAUCCUCCCUCCCUCCCUCUCUCCCUCCCCCUCUCUCUCUCUCUCUCUCUCUCUCUCGAAAUACACAACUCUCAAAGAAAAAAAAAUCUCUAGUAACCCAAUUUCUCCGUACAUAAUCAGAGCUUCCCAUAGUCCUUCCAACCCUCUAAUCAAGACCCCCCCCCAGUUUACCCCUCCCUCUCCCUCUUUCCCUCCCUCUCCCUCUCCCUCUCUCCCUCCCUCUCUCCACCUCUCUCCCCCACCCUGGGCUAUGCGGUGGGGAGCUGUGAAUUUGUGGAGCAGACGAACCAGCAGGAUCAAGCGAAGCGACCUCCGUUCCUCCCCCCACCCCCACCCCACCUCACCCCCCCCCAGACCGUACCGAAACCUGCCCCCCUCCCUCCCCGCUCCCCCGUACCUCCGAGAGCAGAAGAUGCCGCCUGGCUCGGGCAGCAACGCCACCCUGAGCAAGAUUAAGCCCAGCAAGUACGUUCCCGUGUCGGCCGCCACCGCCUUCCUGGUGGGGUCCAGCUCGCUGUUCUUCGUGUUCACGUCUCCCUGGUUGGCUCAGCACUUCUCCCUGGCCGUCCCGCUCUACAAUGCAAUCGUGUUCCUCUUCGUCGUCGCCAACUUCAGCAUGGCAACUUUCAUGGACCCCGGAGUCUUCCCCAGAGCCGAGGAGGACGAGGACAAGGAAGAUGAUUUCCGUGCUCCGCUCUACAAGACGGUUGAGAUCAAGGGGAUUCAGGUGCGGAUGAAGUGGUGCUCCACCUGCCGCUUCUACAGACCCCCGCGCUGCUCCCACUGCAGCGUGUGUGACAACUGUGUGGAGGAGUUCGAUCAUCACUGCCCCUGGGUGAACAACUGCAUCGGGCGACGCAACUACCGAUAUUUCUUCCUGUUCCUGCUGUCGCUCACGGCGCACAUCAUCGGGGUGUUCGGCUUCGGACUGCUCUUCAUCCUUUACCACUCUGAGCAGCUGGGCAAGGUGCACUGCGCCGUCACUAUGGCAGUGAUGUGCGUCGCUGGGCUGUUCUUCAUCCCAGUGGCAGGGCUUACUGGUUUCCACCUCGUACUGGUGGCCCGGGGUCGAACCACCAACGAACAGGUGACGGGUAAAUUUCGGGGCGGAGUCAAUCCCUUCACCAAUGGGUGCUGGAAGAACAUCAGUCACGUGCUGUGCAGCUCACAAGCGCCCCGGUACUUGGGUCGUCCUCGGAAGGAGCAGACGGUCGUGGUGAAGCCCCCUUUCCUGAGACCGGAUCACUGCGACGGACGCACCCCUCUGAAAGUGCUGGACAACGGGAUCCAGGGUGAGCUGAGCCACUCCACGUCCAAGGGCAGUCUGGAGGUGAUGGAAAGCCAGUCUGCUGACGCAGAGGCCCCCCCGCCUCCCAAACCGGAGCUGCACAGAUUCACAGGACUGCGAGCCCAGCUCACUGUGAACACUGCCGAGGAGAGCAGCCUGCUGUCUCCGGACAACCCCGCCACUCCCACGAUGUACAAAUACAGACCAGCCUACAGCAGCCCUGGCAAGAACCACAGCAGCAAGAUGAGCCGCGGGGACAGCCUCAGAGAGCCCCCCUCCCUCCUGGAAAGCAGCCAGCAGACCAGUUACCACUCGGAGCCCAGCCUGGACGGACUGAGCGGCCCCCAGCCUGGGCACGAAGCUGGGGGCCGCCUGUCGGGGGGCUCCCUCUCCUCCAGCCUGCGCUCCGCUCACACCCACCCCCUGGGCGGGGGGCCCAGCUUCGACGGCGGGGCUCUGACCUCCGUCCGCUCCGAGGGAACCACCUCCACCAGCUACAAGAGCCUGGCCAACCAGACUCCGCGCAACGGCAGCCUGUCGUACGACAGCCUCCCCACUCCCUCGGAGAGCCCUGAGUUCGAGUCGGCUGCCCCCGAGCCCCCCCCCGGCCCGGGCUACAGCUCCCCCUUCCUCUCCGCCCAGAUCGCCCAGCAGAGAGAGGCCGAGCUGCAGCACUGCAAACCCGGCUUCUCUCUCCCCUCUCACAGGGACGGGCUGCGCAGGGCUCCGUCCUCGAGGGGCUACGACAUCGAGGAGAGGGACAGGCUGCUGUCCGGUCCCCACCCGCACCAGAGGGCCCCCCCUCCCAGGUUCGGACGACCCGUCCCGCUCUCCUCCUCCCCCCCCGGCGGAGAGGGCGGGCCUCCCCAUCACCACCCCCCCCAGCAACAGCAGCAUUCAAUGAGGGCCAGGUCUCUGGGUUCCCCCGAGAAAGGUUACCACCAUCCCUCCCAGUUCCACCCCCACCUGCACCAGUACCCGCCCCCCCACGGCGCGCUGGGCAAGUCCACGUCCUACACCAGCGGGCCGGGGGCUCCCGCGAUGAGGGAGGGGGGCGUGGAGUUUCAGCAGCGUCACCACGGCUACCCCUCCUUCAGCAAUCUGAUCCACGCUCCCAAGGACGAGGUCCAGAUGAAAUCCAACAGCCGGACUAAUGGACAGCCUCGACCACAUCCCUCCUCCAGUUACCCUCCCAGUCACAGCUCCCAGCACUCCAGCAACAGCAGCACUGGCCCGGCCUCUCCCUCUGCCCUGCCCCACCCCCCGCCCGGCCAGGCCAGUCACAGCGCUCCCCUCAGCCCCGCCUCCAGGGGAGGGGGAGGAGUCAAGAAGGUGUCAGGAGUGGGGGGGACUACCUACGAGAUUUCAGUGUGAGAGACACAGACACCAAAAAAGACUUGCUCGCGUCUUCCCAUGACUUGAGAGAUUGGAGGAACUGUGUGUUUUUUUUUUUUUUUUAAGGUCGUGUCUCAAAGGACAUCCUACGCAAUUUCCCCAAGACUUACCUCGGGAGAGAUCGAGAUUGCCAAGACUUUCGAGGCAGACACACUGUCAUGAAAUCAGCGACCCUGGAUUGUAACGCCACAGAGAUCGAGAGCACAGCCCUGUCCCUCGCCACGUGCUGCCCGCGUCUCGCCAGGCCCGCUCGGAACCCGGGUGCAGCGAACGCUGAGGUCUAGGUCCCAGUGUCCCACGCUGUCCACCGUGUCCCUACGAGAGACGCCAGUGCGAGAGACCGGCCAAACAAAACUGCCGUUUCUGCAAGCGAGCGAGGAAACCAAACUCUCUCGCUCUCUCUCUCUCGUUGGCGCUCGUUUUCAGUUCCUUCUGGGAGAGAUUCAAAAUUUUUUUUUGUUUCAACUCUGCGCAGCUCCAUUGCAGACAAAGGACUUCCGUAUUAGCAGAAAGCAAGGCGAUGGAUUUUGUGCUGAAAAAACUCUUCAAACACACACACAUAUACACACAGAAAGACUGAAAAAAAUCAAUUACAAAUAAAACCAGACCGGUAUUUUACUGUCAUGUAGAAAAUAAAUACAAAUUAUAUAUAUAUAUAUAUAAUAAUUAUAUAAAUCCAGGUAAAUUCCGACUUGACAAAUCAAAAUCGAGGCCGUGGAGAUCAGCCAAUCAGGAUACAGUUUUGUGUUUUUUGGUUUUUUUUAAAACUGUGUUCUGAAAUGACAAUAUAUAUAUAUAUAUAUAUAUAUUACACUUUUAAAAUGUUUUAAAAUGUGCUGGAAAUGGGUUAUUGAACAAUAUGGACUGGAUAUGAAAAGCGAAAAAAACUCACAAACUGAUGAACAUCGGAAGAAAAAUAUCUACUGAAUGCGAUUGUGUGUUAAAAUAAUAUCAAUUAUUUUUUUUUUUUUAAUUCUAUGAACAGGGCAAAGAAAGAACGGUGUCUUUAGACUAUGAGAAGCGAGGGAGGGGACGGGGGAGGCUUGUAAAAAUACAAUUCCUGAGUCACAAUAUCACUUCGGUCGUUUUCAUUUCUUUUUUUUUUAAUCCUAAUGCCCUCCCUCGUGAUUUCGGAGCGUCAGGGUGUCUGGUUUCCCUCCCUAUUGUAAACAUUAAAUGGACUCUAAUCACUGUAAUCAUUUUAAUAAUAAUAAUAAUAACGCAUUGACUUCAUGCUGUCACUGUCUUAGAAAUCAGAGAGCAAUUUCUUCUUAGCAAUUUGAGAAAGGGAAACGUUAAAAACCUGCCUGAAGAAAUCGCAAAACUCCCAAAUGUAUCGUGAACAUUGAAGUGAAACUAAAAGAAACCGAGUCAAGCAGACCAGUGUUUUUUGGGGCUCUAGAGCCGUUAGCGUUUUUGUUAGAAUGACUUUGACUGCGUAAUGUUACGCUGAUGAAGGCACAGGAGCCCCAAACUUGAGCUGGUCUGCUUGACUCAGUUUAGUUUCAAUCACGCUGAUGAAGGCACAGGAGCCCCAAACUUGAGCUGGUCUGCUGGACUCAGUUUAGUUUCAAUCACACUGAUGAAGGCACUAGAGCCCCAAACUAGAGCUGGUCUGCUGGACUCAGUUUAGUUUCAAUCACGCUGAUGAAGGCACUAGAGCUGGUCUGCUUGACUCAGUUUAGUUUCAAUCACACUGAUGAAGGCACUAGAGCCCAAACUAGAGCUGGUCUGCUGGACUCAGUUUAGUUUCAAUCACGCUGAUGAAGGCACUAGAGCCCCAAACUAGAGCUGGUCUGCUGGACUCAGUUUAGUUGCAAUCAUGCUGAUGAAGGCACUAGAGCCCAAACUUGAGCUGGUCUGCUGGACUCAGUUUAGUUUCAAUCACGCUGAUGAAGGCACUAGAGCCCCAAACUAGAGCUGGUCUGCUGGACUCAGUUUAGUUUCAGUCACGCUGAUGAAGGCACUAGAGCCCCAAACUAGAGCUGGUCUGCUGGACUCAGUUUAGUUGCAAUUUGUUAAAUUUCAAGUUUAAAUGAAUCUGAUUUGGUUCUGCACUGUGAUGUCACGGGGGCGGGCCUUGUUUUAUUGUCCAAUGGGAUUGGAAGGGUGUCACAAGCACUUCACAAAAUUCCCCAAUGAGAUUUGUUUAUUUUUUGUCUGUUUUAAAAGUAAGUGGCUGAUUUGAAAGUCUUGACGUGUGCAGAUUUCUCUGCCCGUUUCAUUUUUUUUCACCCAUCGAAAAAAUAUUCAACUUGUGAGGGCUGUGCUUUUUAUUCUUGAUACUGUAUUUAUGUCGACUUGUCUUUCUAGAGCUGCAGGAAUCGAUUUAUUCCACAGAAAUGGGACGGGGGCUGCCAGGUGUCCAUCGCGGCUGAUAUUUCUCCCGUGCAGAGUGAAAAAAAAAAGACAGAAACAGCAGCUGGGGUUUGUGGGUCUCUGUCUCUCCGCAGAGUCUCGGAGGAGCAGCGAUCUUUCUUCACCCGUUUCACUCCGAACGGGGGCAAAUCGCCCCCGAUAGACGGCAGGGAGUCUCGCCUGCGGAGAGAUGAUCAGAGAGAUUGAAUCUCUUCGCACGGCGUAGGACUUUCAAAACACAUGACCUAAAAAAACAGUCUAUGAAAUUAAAUACCAAGGAGGCAUUAUUAUGAUGAUGAUGAUUAUUAUUAUUAUUAUUAUUGAUUUGUGUCUUUCUAAUUUGUUUUUUUAAUUAUUAUAAUUUCUGGGUGGCUGGGGGAAUGUAAUUAUAAUACAAUGGAAGAAGUGCAAUCUUUAUUAUAGAUACAGUAUGUUAUUAUUGAUAAUAAAAAAAAACAUUGAAAAAAUGA